AACCCAAAAACUCAAGUCUCAAGAAAACAAAAAUAACAAGAGAAUGAAAAACGACACCGCAAAGUACACCUUGAAAACUUUGAUGUAAGGAUGUCUUUUUUGAAGUGCACUUUGUUAUAAUGUUUGAAGAUGAAUGGUGGUGAUGGUGGUUACCAAGGAGUGGAACAGUCCAUUAUCUUAAAAGAGGGGGAGGUUCGCAUGAAAAGCAAGACCUUUGGGAUUUGGAGGAAACGCUAUGUUGUUCUGUUUGCCCCUUCCAGUAAAGGUCCAACAAGAUUUGUGAAGUAUGCAGAUGAGAGGGGGUUCCGGGAGGAGAAGCCGCUUUCAUUUAUUCGCAUGCAGGAUGUGACAACGGUUGUAAGGUUGUCGUUUAAUGAAGAUCAUGGCAUCACAAUCUCCCUGGCUGGGGGUGAAGUUCGACAGUUUAUAUGUAAUGAUGAUGCAGAUGACUGGCUUCAAAAAUUGCAGGCAGAGGCUGGUAAAAGUGAUACUCUUCCAGUGGGAAUGUUUCGAGCUUACCUAAUACCAAACAUUUUUCUAAAUUAUGAUGGAGAAUGUAUAAUGGAAGUGACAGCUGAAAGGGUUAAUGUUUAUGAGGAUAUUUCAAAAUUGAGAAGGUGGGUCAGUAUGAAGAUUUCCUGCAUCAGAAGGUACACGGCCAACCCAGAGAAACGGGACAACAACCUCCUUAUAGAAAAUGGCCGUUCACAAGAAGAGGUUGGAGAAUGCUUAUUGCUGUUCAAGUCAUACCAGUCAGAAGAUAUAUAUAAACGUCUGGAUCAAAGUGCCAGAAGACUCCGUGGAAGUGUGGCAUCUGGACACUCACAGAGCAGCAAUGGAAGCUUUAAUCCACGUCAAUGAUUAUUGCCAUAAUUAGGGGUUUCGAAGAUAUCAGAGCACCAAUACUAUGCCAAGAUUGAGGGAACGUUCAUACACGCAGAAUUCACUGUAAUCUCCUUCCAACAACCUUUAAGACAGCUUAUGACUGAAUACCUAUGCAGCAUUCCCAUCAAAAUAUAUUUUAUUUUUUAUAACCAACAAAACAUUCCAUGUUAAUAUGUGAUUUUUUUUUCAUGCUAAUAAAUGCUUUAUGAAUUUGAUUUGAUACCUGUGAUACACAAUUUACGAUUCUAAAAAUAUGAUGUUUUUGCAUGAAUUGGGCUCUGUUACCAUUACUUUGUUUUAUUAAAGGUUAUGUUGAUGAUAAAAAGCAGUAAUUGAAAACAGUAACGCCAGGGUAUACAGAACAUUCAGAACUGAUGUAACCUAGAUUUUGUUACACAUACAUGUGCACCUUGCAACAUUUUUUUUUUUUUUUUUUUUUUUUUUUUUUGCAAAUGGCACUAAAUUUGUGUGAGAGUGAAAAUGUAGAGUUUUGUGCAAUUUUUUAGUCUAUGAUACUCGUGUGCUUAGCUUCAUAAAGCAUGAAAUUAAAACUGAAGUGUUACGACUUAAACAAUCAGUACAUGCACAUCCAUAUGAAAUAGGAAACCUCAUGCCAAAUGGAGAUACAAGUUGAAGAAAUUUUCCUGUGCAUUAAAUGGUGUUUUACUUUAAAAAAAAUACAAAAACAAAACAAACUGAAUGCAUCUUUUAUGAUUGAAUAGAAAUGGCAUGUAUAUGUUCAUGUAUGCCAUACUACUUAGUUAUGAUAGCGUUUUGCUGUAUUUUUUUUUAGUUUUAGCUUUAAUUAAAUUCUUGUACUAAUAUUACCGUAUAUCAGGGUUGUGUUUAAAAUGCACCUCUUCAUUUAAUUGACUGUUACAUGUAAUUAGCACAGUGGGUUAGAUAAUAUGUACAUGUUUUUUAAGUACAAUAAUAUAUAACUUUACAUUUUUUGUUAUGUUUGCCUUUUUGAGAUUAAAUUUUGAAUUACGAAAGAAAUUCUUUAAAGUUGAUAGUAGCAUAAUAAUUGCUUAAUGAUAUGAUAUCAUUGUAUGAGUUCUUUUGGUCAUGAUAAACUAUAAUCGCUGAUCACACAUUUUACAUUUCAGACGUAUGGAAUGAAUAAAUAUGAAUGAUUAAGUAUUGUAGCAGUUUUAGGAAUUUAUGAAAUCUUACCAUUUUGCAAAACAUUUCUCAAAUUUUUAUUCCCCCUAAGAGAGAUUGAAGAGACAUGCAGUGUUGUUAAUGUCAAAUUGCUGAGAUCCACAUUUCUGAAAUGAAUAUACAUGUACUAGUAUUAUUAUAAUUUUUUUUUGCUGGAAUUGAACACAGAUCGGAAUUAUAUAUACAUACAUGUAUGUAUUCAACUGCUUUUUUCUUCGUGUAUUUUUUAUAAAUGGAUUAUACAAUGCUAUAUAUGCAAACUUAAUGCCUUGUUAUUUGACUUCCAUGUUUUUGACUGUUUGUCAUGGAGAUUUGAAGUGAUAUACACUGUACAUAUAUGUCUAUAAACAGAUUUAGCUCAUAUACAACAAUGUGGAAAUACAAGAAAUUUAUGCAAGUAAGGCCACUAUUUUAAAUAUGAUCUGUUAAAAAUGUUUUCUGCAUGUUAUAAUAAGGUUUUUAAUAUGAUCUGUUCAAAAUUCUUUCUGCAUGUUAUAAUAAGUUGGUUUUUUUUUUCAGGGUACAUUUAAUUAUUGUUAGAAAAUCAUGAAAUUUAAUGCUCCACCCACAAAAUUCAUUUUAUAUGUGUCUAGAAAAAAGAUUAAGUGAAUUCAUAUAUAGUUGUAUAUUUUUAAUACUGGUUUUAUUAUAUUUUUACUAUGCACAUUUCUGUGACAUUCCAUAUUCUAAGAGAAACGUGUAUUUUAUUACUAUUUGUUUCAGUAAGCACCCCAAUUGAAUAGAGCACUGGGGGAAAGGAGGGAUCUAAAAUAUUUUAUAUUAAUACAAGUGUACUAACUACUUGACGUUACUACCUGUCUUACAUAGAUUUCUAUACAUGAGCAAACUGAAGAUUAUAGUAUAUGGAAUAAAUUUCUUUCUUUCAAACUUUUAAAUAAUAAUUUUACAUGUAAAUUUUUGUGAUUUAUAUUUUUGAGAAUUGUAGGGAAUGGAUGUUUAUUGGAAUAAAUAUGGUAUUUGUUCGUAUAAUUAAUCUUGCUUGAUAUCAUCUUUGCCUGUAUUUAUAACAUGUAUAAAAAUUUUGUAUGUGAGAUUAAAGCCAUAUUACAAUGUAUUGUUGAAUUUUACAGUAUAUUAAAGUUCAAAAGUUU